CGAACUCUUUCGCUCGGGCUGACAGCUUCGGUGGCUGUUCCCUCGCUGUGUCAGACGUCCUACAACCGACUCCACAAGGACCACUUUUCCCGGCCGUUGUGAAGGGUCGAUUGUCCUCGUCUCGACGCGCCUCGACAGAAGCACGAUAGGGUAAGAGAUGUAGCGAAGCUCCGAUCCACCAGGCACGAGUAGGCCGCCGAUCUUCCUGCAUACCCCAUGUGGUCCCGCUCACUCCCCGCUUACAGACUGUAGGAACAAUGCAAAACUGACUUCCAAGGUUACAUCAUCCCUCAGAGAGUGUGCCCGAAGAGAUAGAAUAACAAAGCAGGUAGCGUGCUAGUUCGUAUGUUUAAUCCUGUCCACUUGGCGGUAAGGCAGUACCAAUGCGGCUUUUUUUCCCCCCAUUUGCUCUUGUGGCAGCCGGCCUGCUUCCUUUCAUCCCCGAACGAAACGUUGUGAGCCUUGUCGGGGACGGCUGGACUGUUUCUAAUAAUGCCCUCAAUGUCUCCGUACCAGCCUCUCUGCCAUCACAAGUCCAUCUGGAUUUAUUCGCCAACCAGGUGAUAGGAGACCCAUACUAUGGCCUAAACGAUUUCAACCUCCGUUGGGUUGCUUGGUCGAACUGGACGUAUACCUCACUGCCCAUUGCGGGAUUGUCCAGCAAUGUCAGCAGUACUUGGCUUUUAUUCAACGGGCUGGAUACGUUCACAUCCAUAAGCUUCUGCGGUCACCAUGUCGCAAGCACGAACAAUCAGUUCCGGCAAUAUUGGUUCGACGUCUCCACGAUCACGACCAGUUGCGACGAGACAGAGCGCAUCCUGUCGAUCAAUUUCGGCAGUGCUCCCAAUAUUGCGAAUGCAAUUGCUAGCGAGCCGGGUCAGGAAACCUGGCCAUCUGGGGUGCAACAAGUGUUUGAGUUUCCCAACCGCUGCUUCAUCCGUAAGGAACAAUCCGACUUCGGCUGGGACUGGGGACCUGCGUUUGCUCCUGCCGGCCCAUGCAUUGUAGACAUUUACCGACAAGGCCAGCUCAACAAUCUUCCACCUGCACAGGACGUACCAUGGGUGGGCAACGCGAGCCUGGACUACUUUGGCCAGCUUCCUGCUGGCUCUAUCUUGCAGUAUACCCUGAAGGACAUGCAGAAUAUCACAGUCGCGAGCGGUGCUAUGAGUCGUGUCAAUCAGACGAACGCCACAGUGACUGGACAAACCACGAUAGCUGCGCGGCUCGUUGACUUGUGGUGGCCGAAUCAGCUGGGCAACCAAACGCUGUACUAUAUCACGAUUGAUCUGGUCUCGGCGUCGAAUACGUCUUUGACAUGUGUGACCAAGCGUAUUGGUUUCCGUACUAUCGUGCUCAACGAAAGCCCCAUCGCGCAAGAUCAGCUAGCGCAAGGCAUAGCACCAGGCAACAACUGCCAUUUCGAGAUCAACGGCCAUGAGUUCUACGCCAAGGGCAGUAACUUCAUCCCACCCGACGCUUUCUGGCCACGCGUGGCGGUUGAGAGGAUGAACCAACUCUUCGACUCCGUAGUGGACGGCAACCAGAACAUGUUACGUGUCUGGGCCAGCGGUGCUUACUCUCCCGACUUCAUUUAUGAUCUGGCGGACGAGAAGGGUAUCCUACUCUGGUCGGAAUUCGAGUUUGGCGACGCCCUGUAUCCGAUUGACCCUGCUUUUUUGGACAACGUCAGAGAGGAAGCGGAGUACAACGUCCGUCGUGUGAACCAUCACCCAUCUUUAGCAUUGUGGGCCGGCGGUAAUGAGCUCGAGAAUUUGGAGCUGAUUCUUGUGAAUCAAUCUGCCCCUGAUCAGCUCCCACGAUACAUGGCGGAGUACGAAACGCUGUUUUUAAACACGUUGCUUCCUGUCGUAUUCGGCAACAGCAAGAGCAUCAGCUAUGCGCCCAGCUCGACCAGCAAUGGCUGGCUCUCACUCAAUUUCAGCAAUGCCAAACCAAUGGUCGAGCGCUACUACAAUUUGACGCCUGGCAGUGUCUAUGGCGAAACGGACUUCUACAAUUACGAACCAAGUGUGCUGUACAACGACAGUGCCUAUCCUAUUGGGCGGUUCUCGAACGAAUUCGGCUACCACUCCAUGCCAAGUCUGCAGAGCUGGCAGUCCCAGAUCUCCGCCAAAGAUUUGUCUUUCAACAGCACUACGGUUAUGCUUCGCGACCACCAUCCUCCCGCGGGUUUACUGAACACGAGCAACACCGCCAACGCAUCGAUAGGACAAGCGCAGAUGACAGAGGCAGUACAGCUAUGGUAUCCAAUCUUCCAGGCCGAUCUCUAUGUCAGUGAGAUCGAAUUCUACCGACGCGGUUCUGGCUUACCAAACCGUCAGCUCGGCUCAUUGUAUUGGCAGCUCGAGGAUAUCUGGGUAGCUCCAGCGUGGGCAGGGAUCGAGUAUGAUGGGAGGUGGGAGGUGUUACACUACGCCGCCAAAGACAUCUACGAGCACGUUAUCAUCGCGCCAUACUACAAUGUGACUACUGGCAAUCUCAGCGUUUGGGUUACCUCAGAUUUGUGGCAGCCGGCGACAGGGACUGUGACUUUUGCUUGGUACGAUUGGUCUGGCAAGCAUCUAAUCAACACUUUUAUUACAACCAUCCUGCAAGGCUACAACCUGACUAACGCGGUCCUGUAUAUGGCUGUUGAAGCCGUUAGCAGCUUACCAAACGAUAACGCAUUCCGUACCUUCCGGCAUGAAAACUUCUUCCACCCAACUGCUUUGCAAGUCGCCCAGCUUGUUAAUCCUGGCUUAAACUUGACCUAUUCGCCAACUACUCAGAACUUCACCGUAUCAGCGACAUCAGGAGUAGCCGCCUGGGUAUGGCUCGAUUAUCCCGCUGGUGCUGUUCUCAACUUUGACAGUAACGCUUUCUGGCUGCUGCCAAACGAGACACGGCAGGUGUCUUAUACUCUCAAAAGCGAUACGACGAACGGCGGUUGGAUUAAUGGCGUCACAGUUCAAAGUCUCUGGAAUCAGACUCUGCCUUUGUAAGGAAUAGCAAAAUGUGGUGAUUGGAUGACCCAGCGCUACAUUGAGAGGUCGUAUGAUCUUGUCUAGACAUUCUUCAUAUCGCUAUUGGUAGGUGGGAUCUUUCCUUCCGCUUCCGCUCGUUCG